AUGUCACUCGGCGAAUACAUUCAAGAGGGCAAGAGGCUCCAGAAGCAGAUUGUCCCAAGCCAGCUUAUCUCGCUUUGCCAGUGGUGGCUUCUCGGAUUAAACGACCAACUCUCAGGGCACAUUGCAAUUACCGCAUGGGCGAAGUUCGCUGAGGGCGAUUUGUCCUUCGACAGCAUCGUCCAUUAUGUGAAAUACCCUGGCGCGAAGUACAGUGAGAAGAAUCGUUACACGUGGUCUCCAAGUGUUUCGGCCUCGACGCAUGACUGGGAUAAAGCUUCCGCAUAG